UUUGUGCCGCUAUGUUGGUGGCAUUUGUUUUUUAUUCGCGUUCUAUUUUUGUGUGUGACGGUUCCGUCCGGCGAAAGAAUCUAUUUUCCAAGUAAUUUUGAUGAUUUUCGUGUAGAUCAUCGAAAUACGUUGAAGAAAUCUCCUGAUUGCGGUAAAUAAUCACAAUGCAGAACGGAGACGGUACGCCGACGGCCGCGGAUACCACCAAAAAGACACUGCCCGAGGAGGUGACGAAACAGUCGUACCGGCUGCAAGUAUGGCGCCACUUGGAGACGAGCGGGCUGGCUAUGUUCCCGCGCCCCGUUUACAACCGCAUCCCGAACUUCAAGGGCGCGGCGGAGGCGGCGGCGAAGUUGGCCGAACUGGACGUGUUCAAGAACGCCACCACGGUUAAAGUGAAUCCGGACAAACCGCAGGAGCCUGUGCGCGUAAUAUGCUUAGAGCAACAGAAAACCCUGUACGUUCCUGUGCCACGUCUACAGAACGGGUUCCUGAACCGCCUGGAGCUGCCCGAGGGAGAGACAGGCCCCGCCGCUAUCAGGAAGGCAGUCUCGCGCAACGGAAUGGAGACUUAUGGCAAACCUAUUGGCAUAGAAGAUUCCGUUACACUUGACUUGGUCGUGAUGGGCUCUGUGGCUGUCUCCAAGGAGGGAUAUCGCAUUGGCAAAGGCAGAGGUUACGGCGACCUGGAGUUCGGUCUGAUGAUGCACAUGAAGGCGAUCAAGCCGGACACGAUAGUCGCUACCACUGUGCACGACUGCCAAGUGUUCGACACACUGCCCGCCGAGCUGUUCGGCCCACACGACGUUCCCAUAGAUAUUAUCAUCACACCGACACAGGUGAUCGAGACACAGCGCAUGAGCCAGCGGCCUGUUGGUAUCCUGUGGCACUUGCUGUCCAACCGACGAGUGCAACUGAUGCCCGUGCUAGGACAGCUGCGCGAGAUCGAAAUGCUCGCGGGCCGCGCGUGCACGCUGCAGGAGCUGGACACGGACGUGGACGAGCGCGCCGCCACGCGCACUCGCCGGCUGCGCAGGCGCACGCGCUCGCACAAAAGCCACAGCGAGGGAGAGGGCAACACAACUGAAGGCGAGGAGGGCAAGACCCCAGGCAAACCGCGGCGGUCGGCUCGCCGCCGCAACAGCAACAAGAGCGCCGGCAAGGAGCCCAAGGAGGGCAAGGAGGGGGAAACCAAACCGCGCCGCCCCCGCCGACAGCGGCCCGUCAUCGACUUUUCGGUUAAGAUAUCUAACAUCAGUCCGAACACACGAGUACGAGACCUAAAGCAAGCUUUGUCCGAGCGCGGUGUUAAACCACAGAUCAUGGUGUGGAAGGGAUUCCGCGGUUUCUGUUAUUUACAUUUCUUCAAGCCCAGCCCGCAGAAGGGUGAAGGCGACACGGGCGCCCCGGCGGCGGCCAGCAUGGACAGCGUGCUGGCGGCGCUGGCGCAGAUGUCGCUGGGCGGCAGCGGCGGCUCGGGCGGCACGGGCGGCAGCGCGCCCGACGGCGCCGCCGACGCGCCCGACAAGCCGCGCCUGCUGUGCGUCGAGCCCGCGCCGCCCCGCCAGCCGCAGCCCGCCGCUGAGGUCCAUUGACUCAAACACGCCGAGACGGUCGAAGCUAACCAACAUUAAAACAUUUUCAUAACGAAUGCAUUAUUUUACGAAUCACGCAUAACGUUGCUCGCUUGGUUGCACACGGACGGACGGGUCUCCUGUCGCAUUCCGACACUUAUUAUUUAGCGUUAAGGUUGAUUUUUCUUUGUGCCGGCCCGUGUUGGUUGUACGCGCGUUGCUUUAACCGCGGUUUUUAUUCUUCACUAGGCUGAGGCCCGCACCUGUUCCAAAUGGUUUUCCUUGCAUUUUUAGUUAUCUCUGUCUUAAAUAAGUAGUAAAAAUUUUAUAUUUUAAUAGCAAUAUUGACAGGACUGCCACUAUUUUACUGAUUAAUUUAGGGUUUCUAGAAAUAAAAUACGAAUUAAAUUCCACACAAGCUUUACUCAAAGGAUCAGCAUGUAGAUAGCAUUUCUGUUAGUCCGUGAGACGCAACGCGCAGUCGACCGAGGCGUGAUCAAUGUCGAUUUUAGUUGUGAAGCCGUUAUUUUAGUUUGUACGCGGGCCGGCGCUGCGAGAGUGAGCUAUACACGAAAACAGGAAUAUAUUUAUGAAUGUUUAGUUGUUCUCUAGUCUAAAGGUAGCAUGUAAUAAAGUAUCUGAUGUAACAUACGAUUCCUUGUUUUGACGCAGAUACAUUUAUUAAGCAUUCUUCCAUAUUAUCGUAACGAGAAAGAAGCUAUAUUUUUUAGUAUAUAGUUAUAGAUUGAGAUACUAAUAUUUUAAAAAUAUUUUUAAGGUGCUUGCAAGAACCAAGUCCCAAAAUUUGUUUAGAAAUUAGUUCCACGGAUUUGAUUAGACGUUAAGCGUAUUAUUUAUUUUAUAAAUGCGAAUUUUGGGGCUUCGUUUUUCUUCUUGUUGUAUAUUUGUGCCAACUUAUGUGAUUUCACAAUUGGGAUUGUCUUCGGUAUGUUUUGGUUUUUGAUUUUGCAAGCGUAGUCGGUGCGUCUGCGCCGACUUUACAUAUCGAAUGAUCGCAAGUUGGUAUAAAAGUUUUGGACUACGUAUGAAUGUCAAAAGUUACUUUUUCAGUAUUAGGUUAUAAAUAAUUUAAGACUUGAAAAGUAAUAUGUAAAUUGACAUAAUAAGAAAUAUUUAAAUAUGUCGUAUUUUAGAGUGGUGUGUGUUCGCAGUCCGCAUGGCACUCGUUUCUUUCUGCGUGGAAUAUAAAGAUGUAUUUUAUAUAUAGAGAAAUAUUGUUAUUGUUAUAUUUUUCUAAAUUUUAGUUGUAACGGUCUAUAAGGCUUGUCAGAUGUAAUAUAUCUGUUGUCGGUCGAGUUACUUGCACACGAUACUGUUGUGCCUGCAAUAUUGUUAUUUCUCUUGCAAUUUUAUGCACUAAAUAAAUAUGUAUUUAUGUAUACAACUUGUUAACACACGCUAUUUGCUAGUUAUUUUGUAAUCUUUAACGUUGGGAUAGCAAGCAUGGAUGAGCGUUUUUUGUUUUUUGUAUUUUUUUUUAAUAAAUUUAUUAAACACUU